AUUACUUAUUUAUUCUACAUGAAUAGAGCAGAGAAAAAUAUAUUAAGAAAGAAAGAUAAAAUAAAAUUUGAGGGCCAUAAAAUAUGGCAUUAAAUAGAUUAUUUGCUAACCUCGUUAUAACGCCUACCAUAAUCAGUAGGCGAGCAAUCCAUGCGAGUUCAUUUAAUUUUGCUAGUAAACCGAAUGUUGAAAAACCCAAACCUGGAUUUGGAAAAAGUUACAGGCGUAUUGUUCAUUUUACCGAUGAGUAUACAGUGAAACCUUUAGAAGUAACUAAUCUUGCUGGCAGAGAUCCCGUUACCGGUCGGGUGGUUGCAAAAGGUAUAGGCGGUGGUAUCAAACACAAGUAUCAUUGGAUAGACUGGCUAAGAGAUGGCCCAACUGAAGGUCCACCACAAGAAGAAAAGGUUAUACAGGUGAUGGAGGAUGGUUGUAGAACAGCACAUAUAGCCUUAGUGGCUGUUGGAGAAAAACUCAAAUAUAUAUUAGCAACAGAGAAUAUGAAAGUGGGGCAAAUUUUAAAAACCUCUAGAGAGUUGCCUAGAAUACCUGUACGAGCCAAUGAAGGUGAUGCUUAUAUAUUGGGUGCAUUGCCUACGGGUACAGUGGUCCACUGUAUUGAGAAAGAACCAGGACGAGGAGGGUUAUACAUCCAUGCUGCAGGGACGUCUGGAACAAUAUUGCGUAAACAAGAUGACCGAGUCAUUGUCCAGAUGCCCUCUAAGAGACAGUUCAGUUUUAGCCAAUAUUGUAUGGCAGUUGUUGGUCGGCUAUCAAAUGUGGAUCACGGUAACACGCCCAUAGGAUCACCACAGAGGAACCGGUGGCUUGGCAACCGGCCACGGUCUGGGCUAUGGAAACGCAAAGACGGCAGGCACGGCAGGAAGAUUAAACCCCCGAAACCAGUGAAAGUGAUCACCGUCAACAAUAAACACCCGCAUCCUCCAGUACAAAUGACAAUGACACCCUGAUUGUGAACUACAAAACCAUUUUUUAUAAAAGGGUUUGUUGUUAAUCAUACUCUAAUUAUUAAUUAA